UUUAUGUUUGUUUCUCUAGAAAAAAGGAAAGAAAAAUGUUUCUCAGUCAAGCUCUCAUUCUUCGACCUUCAGUACUCCUUCCCCCACGAAACUUUAAUUCCCCAAUCUCCUCCUCCAAACCCAGCUUGCCUCCCUUUUCUCUCCCCAUCAAACCUCCAAAGCCCAACACCAAAACCCCCAUAUUUUUACCUCUAGCUUCCGUUUCUCCUUCCACGAUAAUACCCAACGAAAGCCCCCAAAUCCAAACUCAGUCCCCAUUCAACGAUUCAACUCGAACACUUAAGACCCUUUUCUCCUUGGCCCUCUCCGCCACCAUUAUCUUGACCAAAAUGAUCCAGAAUGUCUCCAUCAAAACAAUCAACCAUAACCCUAACGCUCUUUUCCCCAUGGGCCCGCUCUUCUUCGCUUCCUUAAAAGACCGCCCUAGUGGAUACCUCAACACGCCGUUAACGGUGGUGGCGGCGGGUUUAGCUAAGUGGCUCGAUAUUUACAGCGGGGUUUUGAUGGUCCGGGUUUUGCUCAGUUGGUUUCCGAACAUUCCUUGGGACCGGCAGCCCCUCUCGGCUAUUAGGGAUCUUUGUGAUCCAUAUUUGAAUCUGUUUAGGAAUAUAAUUCCCCCCAUUUUCGAUACCUUGGAUGUUAGUCCACUUCUGGCCUUUGCCGUGUUGGGGACUCUGGGGUCGAUUCUCAGUAGCAGUAGCCGAAUUUAUUGAUUGCUCAAGCCGCGAGGAAAGUGAAUAAGAGAGGAUAAUUCAAGUUCCAUUGUUAGCUUCCUACUUUAUUAUUAUUAUUGAAUGCGUUUGUCCUUGGAUUAUGUCAUGCUAUAAAUUUGAUAUUCUGCAGAUACAUAGACAAAUUUUGGCCGCUUUUAGAGUACCCUGUUUUUGUGUUGUUUUGAUGAAUUUUUAUGGAGGAAUGCAUUAUAACUGUUCUUAACAUUUUUAGCAUGAGAA